GGCCCCCAAACCCAGUCCAUCGACCACACACACUCACUCACUCAAAAGCAAGCAAGCUAGCUAGCGAGCAUCAAUGGCGAUGACCAUGAGGAAGAUGGCGGUGGUGGCAGUGAUGCUGGUGCUGGCGAUGGCCGCCCAGGAGGCGAGCGCUGCCGGGGGAUGCAACGCGGGGCAGCUGUCGGUGUGCGCGGUGGCGAUCACGUCGGGGUCGCCGCCGAGCGCCGAGUGCUGCAGCAACCUGAGGGCGCAGCAGGGUUGUCUGUGCCAGUACGCCAAGGACCCCAACUACGGCCGCUACAUCAGCAGCCCCUACGCUCGCCAGACCGUCGCAUCCUGCGGCAUCCCCGUCCCAAAGUGCUAGAUGCGGCCGGAUGGACGGCCCAGCCGGGUGAUAUGCUGAUGUAUCAUCCAGGGCCCUUGGACCGAUCGAUCUUGAUGUCUCUCUCUGAAUGUGUGCGAGUGUGUCGGUGUCUGUGUUCCGUGUGUGUUUCAGCAGUGUGCUGUGCUGAGUGCUACCUUGAUGUGGCGUGUGACCACGUACGUAUGUACCGUACGUACGUGCGGGAGUUGUUGAUAAUAAAACGAAGAUGAUCGAUCUUAAUUACCUAC